AUGGCUGGAAUCGACUACCUCCUCUUCGAAGAGGCCACUGGGUUUGCCAUCUUCAAGGUGUUGAUCCAACAGGAUGACAUUGCGGUCAGACUGAAGGAGGUCCAGGAGGCUUCGCUGGACUUGGGCAAAUUUUCUAAAAUGAUCGAGCUUGUUUCGUUUGCUCCCUUCAAGGGCGCUGCCCAGGCCUUGGAGAACGCCAACGACAUUUCCGAGGGUUUGGUCAGCGACUACUUGAAGUCUGUGUUGGAGUUGAACUUGCCCAAGCCUUCCAAAAAGGAGAGAAUCACGUUGGGUGUAUCGGACAAAAACUUGGGUCCCUCCAUCAAGGAGCACUUUCCAUACGUCGACUGCUUGUCCAACGAAAUUGCCCAGGACUUCUUGAGAGGCAUCCGUGUCCACGGCCCCAAGCUCUUGAAGGACUUGCAGGAGGGUGACAUCGAGAGAGCCCAGUUGGGUUUGGGUCACGCCUUUUCCAGAGCCAAGGUAAAGUUCUCGGUUCAAAAGAACGACAACCACAUCAUCCAGGCCAUUGCGCUUUUGGACCAGUUGGACAAGGACAUCAACACUUUCUCCAUGAGAGUCAAGGAGUGGUACGGAUGGCACUUCCCCGAGUUGGCCAAGAUUGCGUCGGACAACUACGUCUAUGCUAAGCUUGCCCUUUACAUCAAGGACAAGGCCAACUUGACCGAUGAGAAUGUCCACGACAUUGCCGCCUUGUUCAACGACGACCUCUCCAUCGCCCAAAGAAUCAUUGACAACGCCAAGAUCUCCAUGGGUCAAGACAUUUCUGAGCUAGAUAUGCUUAACGUCUCCACCUUUGCCGAGAGAGUGGUGUCCAUCUCUGAGUACAGAGCUAGAUUGUACCAGUACUUGACUGACAAGAUGCACACUGUUGCUCCUAACUUGUCGACUUUGAUUGGUGAGGUUGUUGGUGCCAGAUUGAUCUCUCACGCUGGUUCCUUGACCAACUUGUCGAAGCAGGCUGCCUCCACUGUUCAAAUUUUGGGUGCUGAGAAGGCUUUGUUCAGAGCUUUGAAGACGAAGGGUAACACUCCAAAGUACGGAUUGAUCUACCACUCUUCUUUCAUUGGUAAGGCCGCUACCAAGAACAAGGGUAGAAUCUCCAGAUACUUGGCCAACAAGUGUUCCAUUGCUUCUAGAAUCGACAACUACUCCGACGAGCCCACUACUGCUUUUGGUCAAAUCUUGAGAAAGCAGGUUGAAGACAGAUUGAACUUUUAUGACACUGGUGCCGCUCCAAUGAAGAACGCCGAUGCCAUCAAGCAAGCUUUGGCUUUGGGUGGUGCUGACGCCAUGGAUGUCGACGCUGAAGAGGAGGAAGCUGUCGAAGAGCCAAAGAAGGAAAAGAAAGAAAAGAAGGAGAAGAAAGACAAGAAGGACAAGAAGGACAAGAAGGACAAGAAGGAGAAGAAGCGUAAGGCUGACGAUGACGAAGCACCAAAGAAGAAGAAGAAGAAGUCGAAGGACUGA